UACUUUUUCCCGUUUUCUUUGGGUUUACUAAAAGUAGUCAUCAUGAGCCUCCUGGGGUUCCACUCUUAUGGGGAGUAUGUGGACCAGUUCAUAACUCUCAAUGACGUUCGGUAUUUGCGAAACUGGAGCUUCCAGCGGAAAUUGAUACAGAAUGCCUGCGGGAAGAGCUGCCUGGGCGGGCUGCUCACCGAGGAGGAGUACAAGGAUCGUCGCCAGAAGGAGAUGGACAUGCUGAAGCCGCGGGGUCUGGGCGGGCGGCAGCUCUUCGGCGACUACUUGAACAACAAUGACCGCGUGCUCAGGCAGUUCGCCAAACGGGAGAAAAUGCUGCUCAAUAAGCACUUGUCGACCAUCGUCUACCUGUUGAUGCGCUCCAGCGUAGGCCUGGAGGUGUCGGGCUUCAUCGAUCUGGAGCAGAGUCUGCGCGAGUCGCGGUUCCUGACCGGCUCCAAGUACUUCGUGGACUGGAAGGGCGUGUUCGAGGGCACGGUCAAGCUGAAGCCGGGCAAGCACCACCUGAGCCACUACAACUGGUACAAGAACCGGGUGGUGUACAACGACAGCGACAACUUCCAGGUGGUCAACGAGGGGGCCCACAGCCUGCUGAUGAAGCACCGCGGCGACCACAAGAUGAUCUGCGUCAACGUGGGCUGCGACUGUCCCGCCUCGAAGAACGCCCGACGGACGAUGUACGCGUCGCCCAUCUACGGCCACGCCAUAUUCUUCGAUCACAUAAUCCGGCGCAUCAAUUAACGUGUCAAUAAAACGCAAUUACGGGUAAAUGCGGUUAAAAAUU